AUGAACACGUUGGCGCAACGGAAGAGGCGGCCGACGGAGGGUGUGCCUCUGCUCCGGCUGGGUUACCGCGGAGGAGACGACGAGGACGUGUCCGGGCCCUCGGAGGGGGCCUCGGCGGAGGGCGUCAGGCGCGACCGGCAUGGCUCCUACAGUGGCCCCACCUCGGUUUCCCGGCAGCGCGUCGAAAGCGUAAAGAAGAACCGGCCGCUUUUUCCGUGGUUUGGCUUGGAUAUUGGUGGGACCUUGGUCAAGCUGGUUUAUUUUGAACCCAAAGACAUCACCGCUGAAGAAGAGGAGGAAGAAGUAGAAAGUCUGAAAAGCAUUCGAAAGUACCUGACCUCCCAUGUGGCUUACGGGUCCACGGGCAUCCGGGACGUGCACCUCGAGCUGAAGGAUCUGACUCUGUGUGGACGCAAAGGCAAUCUGCACUUUAUACGCUUUCCCACUCAUGACAUGCCUGCUUUUAUUCAAAUGGGCAGAGAUAAAAACUUCUCAAGUCUCCACACUGUCUUUUGUGCCACUGGAGGUGGAGCUUACAAAUUUGAGCAGGAUUUUCUCACAAUAGGUGAUCUUCAGCUUCACAAACUUGAUGAACUAGAUUGCUUAAUAAAAGGAAUUUUAUAUAUUGACUCAGUUGGAUUCAAUGGACGAUCACAGUGCUAUUACUUUGAAAAUCCUGCUGAUUCUGAGAAAUGUCAGAAGUUACCAUUUGAUUUGAAAAAUCCAUACCCUCUGCUUCUGGUGAACAUUGGCUCUGGGGUUAGCAUCCUAGCAGUGUAUUCCAAAGAUAAUUAUAAGCGGGUUACAGGUACCAGUCUUGGAGGAGGAACCUUCUUUGGUCUCUGCUGUCUUCUUACUGGUUGUACCACUUUUGAAGAAGCUCUUGAAAUGGCAUCUCGUGGAGAUAGCACCAAGGUGGAUAAACUGGUGCGAGACAUUUAUGGAGGGGACUAUGAGAGAUUUGGACUACCAGGCUGGGCUGUGGCUUCAAGCUUUGGAAACAUGAUGAGCAAGGAGAAGCGGGAGGCCGUCAGUAAGGAGGACCUCGCCAGAGCAACUCUGAUCACCAUCACCAACAACAUUGGCUCCAUAGCAAGAAUGUGUGCCCUUAAUGAAAACAUUAACCAGGUGGUAUUUGUUGGAAAUUUCUUGAGGAUUAAUACGAUCGCCAUGCGACUUUUGGCAUAUGCUUUGGAUUACUGGUCCAAGGGGCAGUUGAAAGCCCUUUUUUCAGAACACGAGGGUUACUUUGGAGCAGUUGGAGCACUCCUUGAGCUGUUGAAGAUCCCCUGAUCAUUACCUGGAGAGAGCCAUCUGGAACCUUCCACACUGGGAUCUGUGGACUUAAGUUUUCUAAGAGACAUUCAUUUUUAUGACUGUACACUAACUGAAUCAGAUCAAGAAGGACAAGUGUAUUUUUCUAAGUCAUCAAGAUAAUUCAGUCUAAACUAGUCACCACUAAGGAUGUAUUAAAAAAAAGAAAGGACAGAUGAUGAUCCAUGUCCAUUGCAGUGAGGACUGGCUGACUUGGGUCUUUCUAAAGAAUAUCCCCCCAGACGUGCUGGGUGGUUUCCACAUCUCAGCAGAAUGCACUGGAGACACCAGGCCAGAGCUGGUCUGGGUUCCUUCAGCUGCCUGUGGGGGUGGGGGUAGGGGUGGUGGGGGAUCCCUCUGUUUGAACUGGCUACAAGCACAACAGGCUUCCAGGUGUUUUAAUCUAAUUACAGUUGUGUCAUGCUGACCUUGGAGGUCAGUACUUGUGUCAAA